GAUUUAUACUUCAAUAUAUUUCUAACUAAACUGCUUCGGGGGACGACGUAAUUCAAUGUGUUUGUAUAUUACACGAAAGGGGGUGAUAUUUCCUGACAUUUUUGUAUAAGAACAAUCGAAUACGAAUGCAUAUUAUUGCCAUUAAUUAUCUUUGACCCUUUGAAAGCACGUGAUCAACAAAACAGUAAUGACCUCUCCUGCUAGAUAGCCAGCUAGCGGUAGCUAAACUGAUGCUAACAUUUCCAGAUUGACGACAACAUUUCACAACAAUGGAACAGCCUAAACAAGAGGAGGACUAUGGAUACGAUCUAUUCCCGGAGAGAAACUCUGCAAAGUACAAGGCGAAGUCGAUCAAAGAGAGCUUGUUCACUUUCAACCACAAGUGUCAGGUCAUGUUGCAGUUCGCAAUGGAAACUAGUCCGUAUGCCAAACUCCUUCUCAGUGCCAUGAAGACUUCAGGCUGCCAAGUGUUCAAAGAUAGACAUUUCUCCUGUGAAGAUUGUGACGGAACAGUCAGUGGAGGAUUUGACGCCGUUUCUUCUCAAAUAGUUUUGUGUCAGAACAACAUCCGCAAGCAGUCCCACAUGACCCGAGUGGUCACGCACGAGCUCAUCCACGCCUUCGACCACUGUCGGGCCAACGUGGACUGGUUCAACGAAUUGAGGCACGUGGCUUGUUCCGAGAUCCGGGCAGCUAACCUCAGUGGUGACUGCUCCUUUUGGAACGAAUUUGACCGAUCCAACUUCGGCUGGAAGCAGCAUCAUCAGGAGUGCGUCAGAGGCCGGGCGCUUCGCUCCAUCCUGGCGGUGAGGAAAGUCAGCCGAGAGAAGGCGGAGAAAAUAGUGGACGAGGUCUUCGUCUCGUGUUUCAACGACCACGCGCCCUUCGGACGGAUCCCGCACGGCAAGAAGGACGCCGGGUUCGCCUACAGAGAUUAUAACAACAGAGAUCGAUACUAUGCAAACCUUUAGACGUGUUCCCGUGUAACUCCACCGAGGGUGCCGCCGACAAACCGGGCCCCGGUCAAUAUAGAGGCCUCAACAUAAUGACGACCAAAUCCCUUCCGAAGGGACAUUCACGUGAUGACUUGUCCACAGAGCAGUGAGGGGAGUACAUUUCAUGCCCUAGCUUAGUUCUUCAUACCAGUUCUUUAUAAAAUGAUUGUGAGGAGGAAUUUUGUUGUGGAAGUGAAUUAUUAGAUGAGGCCACAGUAACUUAUUUGCCAUUUGUUUUUAUUUUGGGUGCUUUUAAAGAAAUGCAUGUUUUGAUUUUUUUUGUCCUUCGAUACGUGCUGCGAAAGUCGAGGACGCGUUUCUCCGUUAGCGAUUCGUCUUGUUGCCACGUCGACCUUCGAUCAUUUCUUGUAAAUACGGCUGAUUGUGCUCAAAAUCAAACCGAAUCAACUUGUGCUUGAAUAAAAGUUUUGAUUCCUCUGGAAA